AUGUCUUUCGAUGACCCGCGGCUGCAGUGGAUCCGGGACCGGGUUUAUGAGGGAUUCGGGAUCACGGAGCCUGAGUGUUUUGAGGAGUUGGUGAACCGCAAUGACGGCAUGCAGGAGCUGGUCAUCCUCAAAUUCAUCAACGACACUGUCAGCGAGGACAGCCCUUCAGCUCUUCUCUUCUUCAAAGGCAGCCGCAUGGAGGAACUGGAGGUGGAGCUUGAACCUGAUGAGGUAGUUGAGCCUGCAAAUGAAGAAGAUGCUGAAAUCACUGAAAUUACUGAUGGAACAAAAUCUGAUUUGCCAAAUGCAGGCGAAACAGAAAAAGUUGUUACUCCAGAGACUGGAUUAGCUGAAGAUUUAGGAGAAGAUGCUAAACAAAAUGUUGUGCAGUCGAAAAUUAUAACCCAGUUAAUAGAACGCACAAUACUGCAUGUUUCUCUUGAGAAAGUUCCACCUGAGUUUGUGAAUUACGAUGCUUUUUAUUUUCUGAGGAAUAGAAGAGAGACCAUUACUGAACCCAGUGACAUGAAGGAGACUAAUAUACUAAUGCCCAAUAUGUUGGAGUAUGGAAUGCUGAAUGGACACUCAUUAUUGAUGUUACAUCAAAUACUAACACAGGUCUUCAUACCACUUUUGUCACAUCAUCAAAGAGGUAUUGAUUUGAAAGGUUCAUCCCGCUUUUUAAGUGCAGCGACAUUUCAGCAUGACAAAGGCAGUUUACAGGAAUCAAGAGCAGGAGGGGAUUCACGAAAUAUUCAGUUUGCCAGGGAUGAGUUCUUAAUAACCAUACAGAAGUUCUCAAAUCAGGUCCAGAGAACUAUUCAACAGAUUGAGGGUGAGAUCAAGCUCGAGAUGCCACCAAUUGAUAUUGAUGCAGAUUUCAACCAAUUUGCUUUCGACCAAGUUAUAAUGGAUAAACUAGAACAGAGUAUAAUGAACUGGCAGGUGCAAAUUACAACUGCUAUUGAAGAACAGCUGACAAAGAUGCCUCAGGGUAAUGGUCCAUUAGCAGAGAUUGAUUUCUGGCGUGAACGUAAUGCGACCCUCAGUGCUCUCAGCGAACAGUUGAAACUGCCUGUGGUGAAGAAGAUUGUUGACUUUGUGAGCAGAGUUGACCAAGGUUUAAUCCAGAACCUAAAUUUAAUCAUUACUGACCUCAACAAGUACCAUGUGGAAGCUGCAGACAAUGUCAGAUUCCUUUCAACGCUUGAACGGCAUUUUAAGAACCUAGCACAUGGAUCAAGAUUUCAAGUUGUUAUAGAUACAAUUCCUUCAAUGAUGAAUGCCUUGAGGAUGGUUUGGAUUAUUUCUCGCCACUACAACAAGGAUGAGCGAAUGGUGCCACUUAUGGAAAGGAUUGCAUGGGAGAUUUCGCAAAGAGUCCGUAAAGUAAUCAAUGUACGGACAAUUUUCAGGAAGAACUCAGCUGCAGCAAGACAAAGUGUUUCAGAAGCUAAACGCACCCUCCAAGUAUGGAAAGACUCAUACUUUGAUAUCCGUGCUAAAAUUGAAGCUUCAGGAAGAGAUCAACGAUGGGAAUUUGAUCGGAAAAGACUAUUUGAGAAUACAGAUUACAUGAUUAACAUCUGUCAAAAUAUUUAUGAAAUCUUACAGAUACGGGAAGAAUUUUACAACAUAUUUGGGCCAGAACUGAAGGCUGUAACUGGAGACCCUAAGCGAAUUGAUGAUGUAGUGAAAAGGGUUAAUGAUCUGGUUGUACCUAUUGAGCAGUUAUCCUUUGAUUUGUUUAACAUUCGUCAUACCCAAAUGUGGAAGGUUGUUAUGGAGGAUUUUGAUACUCAGGUUCAGUUAAUUGAAGGGGAAGCAAAGAACUUUAUUGAUGAAUCAUUCAAGAACCUUCGCUCUGCAGAAGCAGCUUUUGACAUGUUGUUGAGAUUUAAGCAUAUCCGCUCACGUGAAGCUAUCAACAAACAAAUGAUGCGAAAGUUCAAUGAUAUUUUGUCACAGUAUUCGAAAGAGCUUGAUAUCAUGAACAGCCUGUUCACUAAUAAUGCUAAUAAUCCUCCUGUGACCAAAAAUCAACCUCCUGUUGCUGGGGCCAUCAACUGGGAGCGUUCUCUCUUUCACCGGAUUAAGCGCACCAUUGUUCACUUCCAGGAGAUGCCCGAGAUGCUGGCUAGUGAUCAGGGGAAAGCAGUCAAAGCAAAAUAUCUUGAAGUUGCAAAAAGGAUGAGAGCGUAUGAAGACAAGUUGUAUGAUCACUGGCAAAAUGAGACUAAUAUGAAACUGCAUCUUUUGUUAAAGCAAAGCCUGCUUAAAAAGUCAAAUUUCUCUUCCACCAGUUUGGGAAGUUAUGUUAAUUUGACUGUUCAUGAGGACUGGUACGAUGUCAGUUCCAAAUUUGAAGUGAAUUUUUCCCCAGAACUGCAAGAAAUUAUAAUGGAGUCCAAGUAUAUGGAACAAUUAGGAUUUCAAAUACCACAACUAGCCAGGAAUGUGGCUCUUCAGGAACAAAAGUUUCUCCGGUACACCACUGGACUAAGAAACAUGCUAAAUCGUUAUGCAAAACUGAUGGAUUCCCUAAGUUCAGCAGAGACAAAACUCAUGACAGAACAUAUUCGAGAGCUUCAACGAGUUAUUCGAUCAGGUUAUAAAAGACUAAACUGGAAUUCAUUAGGUAUUCACGAUUAUCUUGGUCGCUGUGAUCAAGCAAUUGGAAAAUUUGAAUCCCUUGUAAAUCAGAUCCAUAAAAAUGUCAGAGACAUUGCAACAAAACUUGCAGCGAUAGAGUCGGCAGAUCUCUUUAAAAGGCCACCACCCAAAUCAAAAGAAGAUCUUGCAGGAGUAAAGGAAUUUUAUGAGUACGUAGAACAGGAACGAACAAAGGAUAUCCUGAAUUUAGUGAGUAAAUAUAAAGCCAUCGGGCCUUUGCUGACAAAAAUGGAAGGUCUCGUUUUCCACACCAAUACUGGGAAGGCUUCAAAAAUGGCACUGUACUACAAAUUCUGGGAGCGCAGAGUUUAUGACUGUCUCAUCAAAAUGAUUUCAAAAAAUCUUCAACAGAUUAAUGUUUCUAUUCUUGGAUCCAAUCCCCUGUUCCAAGUUGAAGUCCACCUCUCUGCCCCUGAGAUUGUCCUAAAACCCACUGCCUCUGAAGUUUAUCAGCUGACUCUCCAGAACAUAAAAGACUGCGUGGAAACAACUAAGCUAUUUGUACGGUGGAUGCAUGGAUCCUGCAUUGAAUGUUCACCACAGUAUGUUGAAGGAGAUGAUGAACCAAUCAUCUUCAGUUUUUACAGUGACAUUUCUCAGUAUCCACAGAUUAUAGAGCAAGCUGUUUCUACCAGUCAAAACCUCCAAAAACUUCUUGGUUCUUUGAGCAAGUAUCUGAAUCGCUGGAAGAAGUACAGAUCCUUGUGGAAGAUGGAUAAGUCUAUUGUUGUGGAUAAGUUUGCAGCGAGGAAUCCUUCUUGCGUUAGCUACGAUGAGAAGUUGCAGUUUUACACCAGAAUCAGUGAGGAGGUGGCAGAGCAGCCAAUGGUGAAAGAUGAACAGUGUAUUCGGCUCCAGUUGCGACCCUUGGCAUUUAGUGUCCAAGAAAAUGCAAACUCAUGGGUACAUUCCCUUGGGUAUUGUCUAAAUGAAUCUGCCAAACGGGAACUCUAUACUCUGAGAAAUGAACUAGAGGAACUUUCAGUUGCUCUAAAGAGAGCUCCAGACUCUUUGGAGGAUUUGAAAUAUGUACUAAGUACAAUUGCCAAAAUUCGAUCCAUGUCUUUAGCUGUAGAGCUGCGAUUAAAAGAUAACCAGGAAAGAUAUCGGACCCUAGCAAUGUAUAAUAUCUCUACAACAGAGGAAGAAAAAGAGUUACAACAGAAAAUUAAGAUAAUCUGGGAAAAUCUGUUUGAUGAGGCACAUAAGAUUGACCACAGACUAGGCACUGUAAAGAAGAAGUUCACUAAGACCACCAUGCAAGAAAUCAAAACAUUUGCAUCAAAUCUUGCUGCUUUUGCUUCAAGAUUCCGACAGCAAGGCCCAAGUUCGGUGGGAGAAGAUUUGGAUAGAGGGCUUGAGAUCUUGGGAAAAUUUGAAAAUGAGGUGGAAGAAUUUGAGCGAAACCGUCAAGAACUGGCGAAUGCUGAAAAGCUUUUUGAUCUGUCAAUUACAAUGCACCCUGAGCUGCUGUCACUUCAGAAGGAAAUUAAAGGCUUACGAUUGAUCUAUGACAUUUACAAAGCACAGCGGACUGCUAAAGAGGAAUGGUCUGAAACAUUAUGGGCAGAUCUAAAUGUACAACUGCUUCAAGAAGGAAUUGAUGGGUUUCUGAAAGCUUUCAGAAAACUACCAAAAGAUGUCCGCAGCCUCUCAGUUGGUUUCCAUCUGGAAUCUCAGAUGAAAGAAUUUAAGGAAUCCAUUCCUUUGUUAUUGGACUUGAAAAAUGAGGCAUUAAGAGAGAGGCACUGGAAAACGUUAAUGGCAAGGACAGACACACAGUUUGAGAUGCAAACUGAAACAUUUACAUUAGCGAAUAUGUUUGCUAUGCAACUUCACAAAUACAGCGACGUUAUAGGUGAUAUUGUUACCGCAGCCGUCAAAGAACUUGGUAUUGAGAAGGGCGUCAAGGAGGUUGUGGAUACCUGGGAAACAAUGAAAUUCACUGUGCAAAAAUACUACAAAGGAACUCAGGAUCGAGGCUACAUUCUGGGAUCGGUGGACGAUAUACUUCAAAUACUCGAUGACAAUGCCAUGAAUCUGCAGAGCAUGGCUGGAAGCAGAUUUGUGGGUCCUUUUCUGAGAACAGUGCAGGAGUGGGAGAGAAAUCUGUCCCUAAUUGGUGAAGUGAUUGCGGUUUGGUUGGUGGUGCAAAGAAAAUGGAUGUAUCUGGAGAGCAUCUUCAUAGGGGGUGACAUCCGAUCACAACUGCCAGAGGAAGCAAAAAAAUUCGAUAACAUUGAUAGAAUAUUCAAAAAGAUCAUGUCCGAAACUGUAAAGGAGCCAGGAAUAAAUAAAUGUUGCCAGGCUUCUAAUCGUCUCACAAAUCUCAAGAACCUCAGCGAAGGUCUAGAGAAAUGCCAGAAGAGCCUAAAUGACUAUCUGGAUUCCAAGCGGAAUGCUUUCCCAAGGUUUUUCUUCAUUUCUGAUGAUGAAUUACUGAGUAUACUCGGGAGCAGUGAUCCUGAGGCUGUCCAGGAGCACAUGAUCAAGAUGUUUGAUAACAUUGCGUUAUUGAGGUUCCAAGUGGGUAAUGAGAAUGAAACAUUGGCAGCAGCAAUGAUAUCUGCUGAAGGGGAGGUAAUGGAAUUCAGGCAGGCUACGCCUGCCGAGGGACGCGUUGAAGACUGGAUGACUGCAGUCCUGGCUGAAAUGAGAAAAACAAACCGGCUAAUUACAAAAGAAGCAAUCUUUCGAUACUGUGAGACCAUGAGCAGAAAUGACUGGAUGUUGGUUUUUGAAGGCAUGGUUGUCCUUGCUGCAACCCAAGUCUGGUGGACAUGGGAGGUUGAAGAUGUUUUCCAAAGGGUUAAGAAAGGAGAUAAGCAAGCCAUGAAGAAUUAUGCUAAGAAGAUGCACCAGCAGAUUGAUGACUUGGUUACCCGCAUCACAAAACCACUGAGCAAGAAUGAUCGUAAAAAAUAUAACACUGUGCUUAUUAUUGAUGUACAUGCCAGAGACAUUGUGGAUACAUUCGUCAGGGACAGCAUAAUGGAUGCUCGAGAGUUUGAAUGGGAGAGCCAACUUCGCUUCUACUGGGAGCGUGUGCCAGAUGAGCUGAGGGUGCAUCAGUGUACAGGAUCCUUUGACUAUGGAUAUGAAUACAUGGGUUUGAAUGGUCGCCUGGUGAUCACCCCUCUAACAGACCGUAUAUAUCUGACACUGACACAGGCAUUGUCCAUGUAUCUAGGUGGGGCACCAGCUGGACCAGCUGGUACUGGCAAAACAGAGACAACUAAAGACUUGGCCAAGGCGCUUGGAUUGCUUUGUGUUGUAACAAAUUGUGGGGAAGGCAUGGAUUUCAAAGCAAUGGGAAAAAUCCUUUCUGGGUUGGCUCAGUGUGGUGCCUGGGGCUGCUUUGAUGAGUUUAAUCGUAUUGAGGCUGCAGUCUUGUCAGUUGUGUCUUCCCAAAUCCAGACAAUCCGCAAUGCACUCAUGUAUCAUCUGACCAGAUUCCAGUUUGAAGGCCAGGAGAUUGCUUUGGAUAGUCGAAUUGGCAUUUUUAUCACCAUGAAUCCUGGUUAUGCUGGUCGUACAGAGCUGCCAGAAUCGGUGAAAGCUCUCUUCAGGCCUGUGGUCGUGAUUGUACCUGACCUUCAGCAAAUCUGUGAAAUUAUGCUUUUCUCAGAGGGAUUUCUUAUGGCAAAGAUACUUGCAAAGAAGAUGACAGUGCUUUACAAACUGGGAAAGGAGCAGCUUUCUAAACAACAUCAUUAUGACUUUGGACUUCGAGCACUCAAGUCUGUACUUGUCAUGGCUGGUGAAUUGAAGAGAGGGUCCCCUGAUAUAAAUGAGGAUGUGGUAUUGAUGAGGGCGUUGAGAGACAUGAAUCUUCCAAAGUUCGUCUUUGAGGAUGUUCCCCUCUUCCUGGGGCUCAUCUCUGACUUAUUCCCUGGCCUGGACUGCCCUCGUGUCCGUUAUCCAGAUUUCAAUGAUGCAGUAGAACAGGUCCUUGCAGAAAACCAUUAUAUCAUACUGCCAGUACAGGUAGAUAAAGUGGUGCAGAUGUACGAGACAAUGAUGACACGACACACAACUAUGGUGGUUGGACCCACUGGAGGUGGAAAGACGGUGGUCAUUAACACACUUUGCCAAGCUCAAACUAGAUUAUCAUUGGUGACCAAACUAUACACCCUGAACUCAAAAGCUGUCAGUGUGAUUGAGCUGUAUGGAAUCUUGGAUCCUGUCACUCGUGACUGGACUGAUGGAAUUUUGUCAAACAUCUUUAGAGAUAUUAAUAAACCGACUGACAAGAAGGAAAGAAGGUAUAUUUUAUUUGAUGGAGAUGUGGAUGCACUCUGGGUAGAGAACAUGAACUCUGUAAUGGAUGACAACAAGUUGUUGACACUAGCUAACGGUGAACGUAUCAGGCUACAGGCACACUGUGCACUGCUGUUUGAGGUUGGAGAUUUACAGUAUGCGUCUCCAGCCACGGUCUCUCGCUGUGGGAUGGUGUAUGUGGAUCCCAAGAACUUGCGCUAUAGACCCUUCUGGGAAAAGUGGACUAAUGAGAGGACAAGCAAGCAAGAACAGGUUGACCUCCACAAAUUGUUUAAUAAGUAUGUACCUUACAUCAUUGAGAUGAUAGUGGAGGGAAUGUUGGAUGGCAGACAAGUGGAAAAGUUAAAAACAAUUGUACCUCAAACAGAACUGAAUAUGGUGGUCCAGCUUGCUAGGAUGUUGGACUCUUUGCUCGAGAAGGAGGUGGACAACUUUGACAUUCUAGAAUGCUAUUUUAUUGAAGCCUUGUACUGCUCUUUGGGAGCAUGUCUUCUUGAGGAUGGAAGGGUGAAACUUGAUGAUUAUGUGAAACGCCUUGCCAGCAUGUCAACAGUUGAAGCCUCAAAUACCCUUGCAGGCCCAGGAGAAUUGCCAGGUCAGCUACCAACUCUCUAUGACUUUCACUUUGAUGAUGUCAAACUGAAAUGGGUUCCAUGGACGAAUCUUGUCCCCAAAUAUGUCCACGAUCCUCAAAUAAAAUUUGUAGAUAUUCUUGUUCCUACUGUUGAUACAACCCGUAUCAGUUGGCUACUUGAACAGAUGGUGAAAAUUAAACAUCCUGUAUUACUUGUGGGCGAAUCUGGUACUUCCAAAACUGCUACAACACAGAAUUUUCUUAAGAAUCUCAAUGCAGAUGUCAAUCUAUUGUUGACGAUCAACUUCUCAUCUCGAACCACCUCAAUGGAUGUCCAAAGAAACCUUGAGGCAAAUGUAGAGAAACGAACCAAAGUCACCUAUGGACCACCUAUGGGAAAGCGUCUGUUGGUCUUCAUUGAUGACAUGAACAUGCCUCGGGUUGACGAGUAUGGCACACAGCAACCCAUAGCCCUGCUGAAACUUCUCCUGGAGAAAGGUGGAAUGUAUGAUCGUGCUAAGGAACUGAAUUAUAAGAUCCUGAGAGACUUGGGCUUUGUUGCUGCAAUGGGAAAAGCAGGUGGUGGACGAAAUGAAGUGGACCCUAGAUUUAUCUCGCUGUUUUGUGUUUUCAAUGUGACAUUCCCAGCACAGGAAUCGCUGUUUUCAAUUUAUACUUCAAUUCUGAAAGGACAUACUCUGACCUUUACAGAAGAACUUCAAGCUAUUUGCAGUAAGGUGACCACUGCUACUCUACAGUUGUACAAUUCGAUUGUAAUGGACCUGCCUCCAACCCCUUCGAAGUUUCACUACAUUUUCAAUCUGCGGGACCUCUCUAGGGUGUACAACGGACUUGUCCUUGCAACUCCUGAGAGAUUUCAGAAAGUUGGACAAAUGAUCAGACUCUGGAGGAACGAAUGUCUUCGAGUGUUCCAUGACAGGCUCAUUAAUGAAAUAGACAAAAAGCUGGUUCAAAAUCAUAUCGCAAAAUUAAUAGAGGAACAUUUCCCAAGCGAAUUGGAGGAAGCUGUACGGGAUCCAAUACUGUUUGGAGACUACCGAACUUUCAUGAAUGAGGGAGAGCCUCGUAUAUAUGAAGAUAUUCAGGAUUAUGAGGCAGCUAAGGCUCUGUUUCAGGAAAUUUUGGAAGAGUACAAUGAAUUCAAAGCUAAUAUGAAACUGGUGCUAUUUGACGAUGCUCUGGAACACUUGACCCGUGUUCAUCGCAUUAUCAGGAUGGACCGUGGCCAUGCCCUGCUUGUAGGUGUUGGUGGAUCAGGCAAGCAGUCUCUUACUAAACUGGCAACAUUCACAGCUAAUUGUGAGAUUUUUGAGAUUGUGCUGAGUCGUGGUUAUGGGGAAACUAAUUUACGGGAUGAUUUGAAGGCCCUGUAUCUGAAACUAGGUAUCGAGAACAAGCCAACAGUCUUUCUCUUUACGGAUGCACACGUGGCGGAAGAAGGAUUCUUGGAGCUGAUAAAUAACAUGUUAACUUCAGGAAUUGUCCCAGCACUUUUUCCAGAUGAGGAGAAGGAGUCCAUUUUAGGACAGAUAAGAGAUGAAGCUAUGAAAGCUGGUGCUAGUCCAGCGAAAGAGAGUAUUUGGCAGUAUUUUGUUAAUAAGAGUGCCAAUAACCUGCACAUUGUUAUGGGUAUGUCACCUGUUGGUGAAACACUGCGGAGACGAUGCAGAAACUUCCCAGGUCUGGUGAAUAACACUGGGAUCGACUGGUUUUUACCUUGGCCUCCCCAGGCUCUGCUUGCAGUUGCACAGUCAUUCCUAGGAAAGAAUCCAAUGAUUCCUAGUGAACAGUUUGAGAAUGUGAUAGACCAUGUAGUUACUGUCCAUGGAUCUGUCGAAGAGUACAGCCUGCUGUUCCUGCAGAAGCUAAGGCGCAGCAAUUAUGUCACUCCAAAAAACUACCUGGACUUCAUCCAUACGUAUGCUAGAUUACUGGAUGAGAAAGAUCAAUUUAUUUUGGCUCAAUGUAAGCGUUUGGAGGGAGGAUUGGAUAAGCUAAAGGAAGCCAGUAUUCAGCUAGCAGAGUUAAACUUGAAACUUGCAGAACAAAAGAUUAUAUUGGCAGAGAAAACAGAAGCCUGUGAAGCUCUAUUGGCAGAAAUUUCAAUCAACACUGCUGUGGCUGAGGAGAAGAAGCAGCUUGCAGAAGAGAAAGCUUUUGAGAUAGAGGAACAGAAUAAGGUGAUAGCAGUGGAAAAGCAGGAUGCAGAAAAUUCCUUGGCUGAAGCUUUGCCUGCUUUGGAGGCUGCCAGAGUAGCAUUGCAGAGUUUGGAUAAGUCUGAUGUCACUGAGAUCAGGUCAUUUGCAAAGCCACCGAGACAAGUACAAACUGUUUGUGAAUGUAUCCUUGUCAUGAGAGGUUAUAAAGAGAUUAACUGGAAAUCCGCCAAAGGCAUGAUGUCGGAGGCUAACUUCUUAAAGGUCCUUAUGGAAAUGGAUUGUGAUGCUAUCGGACAGAAUCAAGUCAAAACUGUAAAAGGUUUUCUCAAGAAUCUGAACACCUCAUUUGAUGAAAUGCAGGCCAUCAGCAGAGCAGGGGCUGGCAUGUUGAAGUUUGUGGAGGCUGUCAUGGGCUAUUGUGAUGUGGCUAGAGAAAUCAAACCCAAACGAGAAAAGGUUGCCAGGUUAGAACGUAAUUACUAUCAAAGCAAACGUGAUCUGGAGAAAAUCCAAGCAGAGCUGGCAGCUAUACAGAGGGAGCUUCAAGCACUGAGUGAUCGGUAUGAGGCUGCAAUGAGAGAUAAGCAACAGCUUCAAGAAGAGGCAGAAAUCAUGGAACGGCGAUUGGUGGCUGCAGACAAGCUCAUCUCUGGAUUGGGAUCUGAAAAUGUUCGAUGGACAAAGGACUUGGAGGAUCUAAAGAUACGUAGAGUGAGAUUACUUGGAGAUUGUCUGAUUUGUGCUGCUUUUCUGAGUUAUGAAGGAGCUUUCAGCUCAGAGUUUCGCAGUGAUAUGGUUUACAAUGAAUGGCAGAAUGAUGUGCUGAAACGUGAAAUUCCAUUGAGUCAACCAUUUCGAUUGGAAAACUUGCUAACAGAUGAAGUUGAAAUUAGCAGGUGGGGCUCAGAAGGCUUGCCACCUGAUGAGCUUUCUGUUCAGAAUGGAAUCCUUACAACACAAGCUAGUCGAUUCCCACUGUGUAUCGAUCCUCAGCAGCAAGCCUUAAACUGGAUUAAAAGAAAGGAAGCAAAAACCAAUUUAAAGAUCUCUUCAUUUAAUGAUCCUGAUUUCCUGAAACAAUUAGAAAUGGCUAUCAAGUAUGGAUUUCCCUUCUUGUUCCAAGAUGUAGAUGAAUACAUUGAUCCGGUGAUUGAUAAUGUUCUAGAAAAGAACAUUCAAGGACAGCAGGGCCGCUAUUUUAUUGUGCUUGGUGACAAAGAGGUUGACUAUGAUCCUAACUUCAAACUGUACCUCAAUACAAAGCUGUCAAACCCCAAGUACCAGCCUUCAGUUUUUGGGAAAUCCAUGGUGAUAAACUAUAAUGUGACAUUAAGUGGAUUAGAAGACCAGUUGCUAAGUGUUAUUGUGGCCUUUGAACGGAAGGAACUCGAGGAGCAGAGAGAACGUUUGAUCAAAGAAACCAGUGAGAACAAGAAACUACUGAAGGACCUUGAGGAUUCCCUGCUACGGGAGCUGGCAACUUCCACCGGAAACAUGUUAGACAAUGUCGAACUUGUCAAAACUCUAGAAGAGACGAAGACUAAAGCUACUGAGGUGAUGGAGAAACUAGUACUAGCUGAAAAAACUGCAGUAGAUAUUGACAAGUUACGUGAUGGAUAUCGACCGGCAGCCAAGAGGGGUGCAAUUUUGUUUUUUGUCCUGUCAGAGAUGGCAAUCGUUAACAGCAUGUACCAAUAUUCUUUGGCGUCAUUCCUUGAAGUCUUUGAUUUAUCUUUGCGUAAAUCUUUGCCUGAUUCUAUACUUCAAAAGCGACUGAGGAACAUCAUGAAAGCAUUGACCCUUAAUAUGUACAACUAUGGCUGCACAGGUCUGUUUGAACGACAUAAAUUGCUUUUCUCAUUCAACAUGACAAUAAAAAUUGAGCAGGCAGAACGUCGAAUUCCUCAGGAAGAACUGGAAUUUUUCUUGAAAGGAAACAUUUCUCUGGAAAAAAGCAAGCGAACAAAACCAUGUAAUUGGCUCCCAGACCAAGGUUGGGAGGAUAUUAUCCGUCUAGCAGAGGCUUUCCCGGAGAAGUUUGGAACCCUUCCAGAUGAUCUGCAGAUGCAUCUAGCAGAUUGGCAAGUUUGGUAUGACCUUGAUGCACCAGAACAAGCUGAUUUCCCUCUCCAGUACAAAAACACUUUGGAUAAUUUCCAGAAGCUGCUUCUGCUGCGCUGUUUCCGAGUUGAUCGUGUUUACCGUGCGGUGAUGGAUUACAUCACUGUCACAAUGGGAGAAACGUUUGUUCAACCACCCGUCAUUAGUUUUGAGGCCAUCUUUGAACAAAGCACAGCAAAUUCUCCCAUUGUCUUUAUCCUGAGUCCUGGCUCGGACCCAGCAUCUGACCUCUUAAAGUUGGCUGAGAGGUCAGGUUUUGGAACAAGUAGACUUAAAUUCCUUGCCAUGGGACAAGGGCAAGAAAAGGUAGCACUGCAGUUGCUGGAGACUGCUGUAGCCCGUGGGCAGUGGCUGAUGUUACAGAACUGUCACCUCCUUGUCAAAUGGCUGAAAGAGCUGGAGAAAGCCCUGGAAAUGAUACACAAACCCCAUCCUGAUUUCCGUUUGUGGCUCACCACUGACCCAAUCCAAGACUUUCCCAUUGGAAUACUUCAGAACUCACUGAAGGUCGUUACAGAACCACCCAAUGGUCUCAAGCUGAACAUGAGAGCUACUUAUUUCAAGAUCAGUCAUGAAGCCUUGAACAUGUGCCCCCACACAGCCUACAAGUCACUCAUCUACGUGUUGGCAUUCUUCCAUGCUGUUGUCCAGGAGCGAAGAAAAUACGGCAAAAUUGGGUGGAAUGUCUCAUAUGAUUUCAAUGAAUCUGAUUUCCUGGUCUGUAUGGAGAUCCUGAAAACAUACCUGACCAAGGCUUUUGAUCAGAAUGACACCAAAAUUCCCUGGGGCAGUCUGAAGUAUUUGAUUGGGGAGGUUAUGUAUGGUGGGCGUUGUAUCGACAGCUUUGACCGGCGCAUCCUAACAACCUACAUGGAUGAGUUUUUGGGGGACUUCAUUUUUGACACUUUCCAGCCAUUCCAUUUCUUCCAUAAUGAUGAAGUAGACUACAAGAUCCCAGAGGGUGAAAUUAAAGAUGAUUACGCAGAGGAAAUUGAAUCUCUACCACUUGCCAACACUCCCGAAGUAUUUGGCCUUCACCCCAAUGCUGAGAUUGGUUACUAUACACACGCAGCUCGAAGCAUGUGGGGGCAUCUGAUAGAUCUGCAACCACAGACAGGGGAAUCUGGCACUGGGAUGGGUCGUGAUGAGUAUAUUGGACAUGUUGCUAAGGAUAUUCAAAGCAAGCUUCCAGUCCUGUUUGAUCUUGACACUAUCUACAAAAAACUUGCUUUGCAAAUCACACCAACAACCGUAGUACUGCUUCAAGAACUAGAGCGUUUCAACUUGCUGCUUGACCGAAUGUCACGGUCCCUGAUGGAACUGCAGAGAGCUUUGGCUGGUGAAGUGGGAAUGAGCAGUGAGCUGGAUGAAGUGGCCCGCGCGCUCUUUAAUGGUCAUAUUCCUGCUAUCUGGAGAAGACUGGCUCCUGACACCCUCAAAUCACUUGGAAACUGGAUGAUUCACUUCAAGAGACGGUUUGACCAGUACCUAUCAUGGGUUGAUGAAGGUGAACCUGAUGUAAUGUGGUUGUCUGGGUUACACAUCCCCGAAUCAUACCUGACUGCUCUGGUUCAGGCAACUUGCCGGAAGAAUGGCUGGCCUCUCGAUCGGUCCACACUUUACACUCAGGUCACCAAGUACCCAACCAGUGACGAUGUCAUGGAGAGACCUGGACAAGGCUGUUUUAUUACUGGUUUAUAUAUGGAAGGAGCAUCUUGGGAUAUUGAAGAAGGUUGUUUGAUUCGGAGCAAACCAAAGGAGCUGGUGACUGAACUCCCUGUUCUGAAGGUCAUCCCCAUUGAGGCUCAUCGGCUCAAACUGCAGAACACUUUACGAACUCCAGUGUACACGACAUCGAUGCGUCGAAAUGCGAUGGGUGUUGGUUUGGUCUUUGAAGCUGAUCUCUUCACCACCAAACACAUCUCACACUGGGUGCUGCAGGGUGUCUGUCUGACCCUGAACUCCGACUGAAGACCCUGGUUCUCAGCAGGACAUCAGGCUUUUACCUUUCAGCAACAAGGAGCUGUCCUCCUUUUUGUUAUUUCUAUUUUAAUGUAAUUCCGAAGUGGUAUAUUUUGUAAUUUUAAUACAAUGAGGAAUUUGAUGUCUACUUUAAUAAUGUAAUAUACAAAAUAUUCUAAAAAGUAAUCAACUUUUCAACAAACAGAG